GAGCAUUACUUUUGUAACAAAAACAAUCGGUCUGCACGUGCGUGAUCGCAAACGCGCCAUUGAUCUAGGAAUUGGGGCAUAUUUCUACGCGAAAAUCAGAGCAAUCCGACUCUGUACCGAAUAUCACAAAACCGAUUUUUUAUGUAUGACGAUGUGGUGUCUUUGCUCCUUAUCAGAUUGCCCCAACCAGUGAACCCGGCAAAUUUUUUGUUCGAUAAUGAGGGGAAUUUGGCGCGCAUUUUCGAGUCACGUGCAGAGGAAUGAGAGUGGGAUAAAAUCGUACACAAACUGCGCACCUGUAAAAAUCAGCUGGUCAUCUCAACCUCCAAGUAUAAGCAGAGAAUCGACGUCAUUCUCGGAGAAAGUUGUAACUCGUGUGUUCGGUGUGACAGUUUAAAAUAGAAUUUCAAUGAAGUCGAUUUCCUCGCUUUAGCAGUAAUUAUGAGCGAGUCGUUUAAAAAUCGCGUUUACUACGCUGCUAGGGAUGGCAUGGCGAUAACGCUCUACACUUUGUUAAGUGAUAAAAAUGGAAUUGAAGUGACUAAACUUUUGAAUAAUUCUGUUGUCGAAGAUGAAGGUCAACAUUGUACACCUCUCAUUAUUGCCGCAAGGUAUGGUCAUGAUAAGGUGGUCAAAAUGUUGUUGUCCAAAUUUAGUCCCGAUUUGGAGCAAGAGGGUACUGUUAAAUUUGAUGGUUACGUGAUUGAGGGUGCCAGUGCACUUUGGUGCGCAGCUGGAGCGGGUCAUCUUAAUGUAGUCAAAAUUCUGGUCAAGGCAGGGGCAGAUGUCAACCACCCAACAAAAACAAAUUCGACGCCCCUUAGGGCGGCAUGUUUCGACGGACGACUGGACAUCGUGAAAUAUCUAACAGACCACAGCGCGGAUAUUCACAUCGCCAAUAAAUACAAUAAUACGUGUCUUAUGAUUGCCGCAUAUAAAGGUCACACGGAUGUGGCGUCGUUUUUGUUAGAGCACGGAGCGGAUCCUAACGAAAAGGCCCACUGCGGCGCCACCGCGCUGUAUUUCGCCGCCGAAAGCGGUCAUUUGGAUAUUGUAAAAAAGCUACUGGCGUAUAACGCGAAAUUUAUCGUAAACGAAGUCGGUAUGACCGCCCUCAAGGCGGCGGCUGAGAGAACCAGGGCGGAUAUUGUCGAUUAUUUAGUCGAUCAACCGGAAAUAAGCAAAGAAGAACAGAUAGAAGCUUUGGAACUCCUAGGUGCGUCUUAUGCCAAUGAUAAGGAUAACUAUUGCCUAGAAUUAGCCUAUUUAUACCUACACAGGACUAUGGUGUUAAGAUACAGCGAUCCCGAAAAUAUAAUAAGGAAAAAAUUCAUACCUCCCGUACCUGCAUACGAAAAUUGGAUAGAAUGCCAGACCCUUCCAGAGUUAGAGGCAAUCGCAAGAAAUCAAAACGCUUUACAUAUGGAAGCAUUAACAAUUCGGGAACGAAUAUUGGGCAAACACAAUCCAGAAGUGCCUCAUCCUGUGAUAUUUAGGGGUGCAGUAUUUGCGGAUAAUGCACGAUUCGAUCGAUGUAUAGAGCUUUGGUUGCACGCCUUGGAUUUACGACAGUUAAACAAUAUGUCGGUAGUUAAAGACUUGCUGAGGUUUGCUCAAGUUUUCUCACAAAUGCUUCAUGUUGGAGUCGAAAUAGUCUACAAUCAUGUGAUAAUGGUAUUAAAGGCCGCUGUAAUUGAAUUAGGAAAAAAUAAACAAAAAUUGACCGCUCCUGGAUCAACUGUUCCAGAAUCUCUUGCGGAUGAAAUAGAAGCAAAUUUAACCACUACCUUAUACUUAAUCACCAUACUAACAAAUUUGUUCAAAAAAUGCCCUGGAAAUGAAAAAUUUGAAGUUAGGCGAUUAAUUUUUAGUUUAAACAAAUUGAAUUUAACAAUGAGGGAUGGACAGACAUUACUGCACCUGUCGUGUAAUUCGGAAACGCCCGUUGACGAUUUCCACACGAACGACGUCUGCAAAUUUCCAUGUGCCGAAACGACAAAGCUUUUAAUUCAAUGUGGCGCCGAUGUCAAUGCCAUGGAUGGUGAGCGGAAUACUCCCCUGCACAUAAUCGUACAUUAUCAUAAACCCAUAUCAGACUUUGCUACCUUACAUUCGAUAAUAGUAUGUCUAACAGAAGCAGGUGCACAUAUAGAUAGUGUAAAUAUUCGUGGAGAAACACCUUUAGAUUCUGCCUCGACAGGGGUAGCCGAAAUUAUAUUGAAGGCGCAAGCGAAAUUAAGUUUAAAAUGCAUUGCGGCAAAGGCUGUGAAAUACUUUAACCUUACGUACCAAGGGCAAGUGCCGCACGCUUUAGAAUCGUUUAUCGAGUUACACGGACCAGGUUCAAUAAAACAAGGCUAGUCAAUUCAACAAUUUAUUGUAUCGUACCUACCAUUUGCUUGUAGAUUUGGUGCUAACAAAUUUUGUACUAAUGUAAUAUACCUCUUUGUAAGUAAAA